AGUUUGCUUCCAUACGCAUUUUACUUCAGCGAGAUAAAAUCUGAAUCGCGGUGAUUGACUCGUCGGAUAACAAGACGGGGACAAUCAGAGCGCGGGGGAAUCUUGGGGGGGUUGGAACCAGACGAGAAAACGACGAUGAAGAGUGUGGAUAAGAUACGCGUUGACUCCAGAGUGGUGGGGGUACCAAGAGGUCAAACCAAACUCGAUGGACGGGAGGGAUCACUGGGAUGAGAAGGGUUGACAAACGGGUCCUUAUACAGUCGACGUCAGCAGUGCAUCCCCACUUGUUGGGCUCGAUCGUGCUCAGAGAUAACACUGUAAGAAGUAAAGGUGAAGGUGAAUGGAUGGAUGGUCGAGAACACGAAUGACAGAAAAUGCCAGUGGGAGUUAUUUCGAGUGAGAUUGAAGGUUGUCCGAAAGUCAACCUCUUCGGUUGUACAACGACGUAAUGGCUUGUACUGCAGAUGGCACUUUAAUCCUCGCAGCUUCGUGGCCUAGCAGGACAAUGAAUGUGACGUCCCACCUCUCACUUCCGCUGGCCAGGUCUUACGAUCACGAGUUGAGAGAAACUCCUGCAAUGCCUCCGUAGUGAUUAGAACAGUCAGGGUCCACGGUCUACACGUGUUGACUCAACUCCUCCUCCUCCUCCUCCUACUGCGAGAAGAGCAGCAGCUCAUUCUCUGGCACAACCACGCAGAGAAAGGGAGAGGGAUUCUGCGAGACAUUUUCGACCGAGUUGCACAAUGUGGGCAAGACGUUGGAGCUCUGUGCUCCUGUUUAUUGUUUUCUUCUGCUGGAGAUCGCUGCAAGCAAGGGCUCAACCAGGAUUUCACAGUGUAGAUUGUGGUGGUGGGAGCAAUUAUACUGAUGAUUUAGGAAUCGCCUGGUCUGCCGAUGAAUAUUAUAUAGGAACAGGGGUAGACACAGUCAUAGACCUCAGUGAAGCCAAUCUGGGCCCUGACGCUGCACAGAAUGGUCCCAAAUUGCAGACACUCCGGUACUUUCCGGGACCUGCUGACAAAAGCUGCUAUACCUUCAAGGUCUCGACAAGCAUUCCGCACUUGAUUCGCUUUAUGUUUUUGGGCGGAAACUUCACUUCUGGACUUACCCAGCCUGCGAGUUUCUCUGUGUCUAUCGCAACCCUUCACUUGCUAGACAUCCAAGUUUCUGAUCCUUGGACGCCCAUCAUCAGGGAGGUCACAUUCGUUCCCAUAACUGAGAACUUCGCCAUAUGCUUUCAGCGGGGCCCAUCUCAUGUUCCUUUCGUCUCUUCGUUGGAACUUCGCCCUCUUCCUAUCUCUUAUUACCAGCUGAGUAUUGAGAGUAUCGUGCUCACCAAUAUUGUGAGAAUUGAUUGCGGUCGCAAAUCCGGAAGUCCAGUUAUCAGGUACCCGGACGAUCUACAAGACCGCCUCUGGGCAUCUGACCCGAAGAAUUUGUCCAUCAAGAGCAUUGCCAACAAUAACGCGAUAAUUGACAACAGAUUGUACUACGACACUGAAGCGCCCAUUUCAGUUCUUCAAUCGGCUUGGAGCGAUAGCAGAAUUACCCUGCUGCAGGAAUAUGAUCCUUCCCAGACGACGAGCGCGGUCCAACUGUACUAUAUAUUGCUUUAUUUCGUCGAGAUCGCUGAAACUAAUUCCACAGACGUCAGGGAAGUCAUGGUGUACCUUGAUAAGGAUCCAUUGAAGGUGAACCCUUUGAGAGUGAACCGUUCGACCUAUUCGACAUUUCAGUUUGGUCUUCCUCUCCUCCUCCAAGCAACCCAAGCGCUAACCAUCAACCUGACGAUCGUUCCAUCCGAAGACUCGACCCUGGGGGCAAUUUUGAAUGCUGUGGAGAUUUACAGUCUUAUAAACUUUACUUACGACCAGGUUACCUCGACAGUUGAUGUAACUACUAUCGAAGCCAUCAAGCUCAAGCUCAAUCUUACCCAGUACGAGGGUGACCCUUGCUUACCAUGGGCUUACAAUUGGUUGGGCUGCAGCGAUCCAGCCGUCACAGGGACAUCCAGUGUCACUCAGCUGAAUUUGUCGAACAUGAGCUUGAGUGGUCCAAUACUGCCAGAAAUUGUCAAACUUUCCGAACUCACAGACGUGGCGCUGGAUAAUAACAAUUUGACAGGAACGAUUCCUGACCUCAAGAGUCUGACCAAACUUCAAACUUUGCGAUUGCAGAACAACAGUCUCGGUGGUAAAAUCCCUGACACCUUGGGGCUUAUACCAAAUCUUACAAUUUUGAAUCUCGACAACAACUUGUUCGAGGGGGGAUUGCCACCACGUCUUCAGGACAAGAUUGACUUCGGCGUGCUGGCUCUCUCGGUUGUCAAUAACCCCUACCUUUGCUUCGGAGGAAAUCUCUGCCUACAACCUGGCAGUCCGGUACCAUCUUCUGCAGCGGUCUCGGAUAAGGGCAGCUCAAAAAUUGGUAUUAUAGUUGGCGCAAUUGCAGGAGCCGUGGUCGUGGUACUGCUACUGAUGCUGUUUGUGUGUCGGAAAUGCCUCAAGGAUUCGCAUCCAAAGAACUGGGGACUACCACUACUUGCGAAGGUGAAUCAGCCCACAUCUUUCACGUGGGCGGAGGUGACGACUAUUACACACGAUUUCGUCAAAGUGCUCGGUAGAGGUGGCUAUGGACUGGUUUACUCAGGAACACUGGCUAAUGGUGAGCAUGUGGCUGUGAAAGUGAACAAGGAGAAUACCAGAAAUAGCAGAGAUCAGUUCCUUAACGAGGUGUCCCUUCUGUCAAGAAUUCACCACAGGCACAUCGUUGACUUUAUUGGCUUCUGUAAUGAAGGAAACCAUGAAGUUCUCAUCUACGCGUUCAUGGCCGAAGGAACCUUGGAGGAACACAUCCGCGGUGACGGAGAACAGAGCUCAAGCAGGGCUCCACUUGACUGGAAAAAACGUCUAAAUAUUAUCCUCGAUGCAAGCAAAGGACUCGAGUACCUUCACCAUUCCUGUAGUCCACCAAUCAUUCAUCGGGACGUCAAGACCGCCAACAUACUCCUGACUGAGACUCUAAUUGGAAAGGUUUCCGACUUUGGCAUCUCUAAGCCCACCAGAGAAGAAGACAGAAAUGUUGGAGUUAUGACAGCCGUGAAGGGUACCUUCGGCUACCUCGAUCCACAAUACUUCCAAGAUGGUCUUCUUAAUCAGAAGAGCGACGUUUACAGCUUCGGAGUCGUUCUGCUAGAAGUUAUCACCGGAAAGUCUCCAAGGACUAUUCAGUUUCCAAACAGUACAGCAUUGAAUCUUAAAGAGUGGGUGGAGAUUUCAAUGCGAAGUGACGAUAUCGAGAGCAUAACUGAUCCCAAAUUGGGUCGAGACUUCGACAGAGAGUCAGUGUGGAAAGUGGCGGAACUCGCUUUGAAGAGCUUAAUUGAAGUGCGGGAUAAAAGGCCGGAAAUGUCGCGAGUGGUUGAAGAUUUGACUCAUGCUUUGGAGAUCGAAAACAGGCGCACCAGCACCGGCACCAGCACCGAUGCUGGGGCUCCCGUCCCUCCAUCGGGACCUCGAGGCUUUUCCUCCAGAUCUUCCUCUGGCAGCGUUGCCACCUUCUCCACUUACAGCAUCGCGGCCAGGUAGGCGCGCAGGGCAUCCGUCCGUCCGUCCGUCCGUCCUUCCAUCCAUCCAUCACAUAGAAUCUUCGUCGUCCCACCGAUGCCAACACGUCGAUUCUCUUCCAGUGGUGGGGAAGGUUUACGACAGAUGCAACCAGCAAUCGGUAAAGGAUUACAGAUUUAGCUGCUAAGCUUGAUUAUAAUACAUUUAAGUGAAGGAAUUCUUGAAAAUCUGUCCACUAAUUUAAAGUCUUUCGGUCGUAGACGACCCCCAAAUGUCUGACCUCCAGGAUUCUAUGAGAAUUAGAGGUUCGAGAAACUUCUCACUUACAACGAGCGUCCGUCUGUCCGUCCGUCCGUCCGGGGCCGGCAGGACGAAGUCGUCCGUGCAAGACGCUCGUUUCUUCUUCGUUCGGUUAGUUGGUCUCUGCCAAUUGCAAAUUAUCAGAACUGCGGUUCUUUAUUUCAGACGAGAUCUGUCACGAAACUGUCAACGUCGUCAUCGCUUUACUGCGUAAAAGAUGGUGUCUCAGACGUCCCCUUUACCUAUCGAAUACUGAAUGGAGGCCCUCGAUUUUUGGCUACUGGUGAAGUACGAACGGCGGACCGUGACAGUCACAGACACAGGCCUAUGGGGACUUUAAGACCAACCGCUUUUUCGUCAGUCGAGGGUCAUCAACUUGCAGAGACCAAUGUUACCACUUCACAUCGACACAGCUCACCUGAAUGUAGUUUAUAUGGAGUUAGAACCACCGGUUUAUUUAAAUUACAUGAGCAUUUACACGCUUACGGAUGAAGGGCAAGCUUACAAUAUUUCGAGAUCCUUUGCUAUUAAUGAAUGACUGUUAUUUUA